GCGGUAUUGAAAUGACGUCACCUUAAAAUGGCUUCCUCAGCUGUCGCGGUGGACGACGUCAAAAAGUUGCUGGAGGAAAGUCUGUCAAAACUCGGAUUUGAAGUGUACUUGUUGAAGGUUGGCUGGUACAAUCACGUGUUGCCCCCCAAACUGCACCUACCUUACCCGGAUGACUGUCUGGCUGCACUGCUACUCAGCACUCCCGCCAUGUUCCAGCGAGCCUUCCUUCCCUUCAUGGAGGAGAGAGGCUGCCAGGGGUCUCUCUCUGACCCCAUUGACCAGUGUGUCAAGCACUGUGUCAGCUCUGCUGUCUCACAGCAUUUUCCCGGACAGAAGGUGGACGUGAGGUACGACUACGAGCUGCUGCCCAGCAGGAAGCCGAAGUUCUUAGCGCAGACGGCAGCCCAUGUUUCAGGAGCAGCUUUCUACUACCAGCAGUGUGACGUCGCAGACCAUCCCUGGGAGAACAAAAAGCUGUACGGCGUGUGCGUGCAUCCCACCUUGGGAGGCUGGUUCGCCAUUAGAGUGCUGCUGGUGUUUGAAGACGUCAAGGUGGACUCGGAGUUCGUCCAGCCCCCUCCUCCCGAUUGUGUGCCUUCAAGGGAGGACAGGAUUCGGCUGCUGGAGGCGUUCAACUUUAACUGGCAGGACUGGAGCUACAGAAACAUCAUCACGCCCAUUCAGACCUACUCUCAGAAACAGAAAGACUAUUUUGCCGCUCCGCCCGCCGAGCGACACAGUCUGCUCCAGAGUUGGGGUCUCCUGACAAAUUUGGACCACCCCCCUGCACCUGAAUGCAGCUCAGGUGAAUUCAAUCAGACGAACGGACACGGCUAAGCUCCGGUGACAUUUUUCAUUCUGAAUAAGACACUGGAGGCAUUAUUUUUUUCCCCUCCUUUAUUACAUUUGCUCUUGGGCUGCAAGCAGAUUUAUUUCUGCAGACUUUACGACCUUGUUACCAGUUUGGAAGUCAUUUUUGUGCCUCUGUCACACUCUAUAACUGAAAACUGUUGCAUUUCAAACAGAAAAGCUCUAAAAAAAAAUUGUACAUAUCGGCUAUGUAAAUGUUAAUGGGGAAGGAGAUACAUUUAGUGAUAUCAGACCCAAAGAUGGUCACUCAAUAACAUGAGGGAUAUUGUUUGGAGGUAUUUUCAUAUAUAUUUUUUAUUGCUGGCACAUUCAGUGAUUGUCAUUCAUGGGUCAUAUUUUCUUGGAGGUACUAUUGAUAUUUAAAAGGAAAAUAAAGCACUUACAAAAAGGA